AUGCACAACCCGUACACAUGCCACACAGUAGGACCCUUGUGCCUCGGCAUUUUUCGCGAACAAUGCCGUAACAUUUGCACAAGUGUGCUGCCUUCUAUCCAGCCCCCCACAAAUUCGUCACGGCCGGCAUCUAAUAGUUAG